AUGAUCGAGUCUCUGGGAAAACUGGCUUUUGUUCAGCUGCAGAAAGGAAACCUGAUCUUUUAUGAAUCAGACCUGACAGAGUGUGGCAUCGAUAUCAGAGCAGCCUCAGUGUACUCAGGAGUGUUCACACAGAUCUUUAGAGAGGAGAGAGGGCUGUACCAGGACAAKGUGUUCUGCUUUGUCCAUCUGAGUGUUCAGGAGUUUCUGGCUGCUCUUCAUGUUCAUCUGACCUUCAUCAACUCUGGAGUCAACCUAUUGGAAAAAAAUCAACCAUACUUUUUCUYUACAAUGUUCUCUAUAUUUUGUAGCAAGUCAAAUAUAAUUGAUCUCCACCAGAGUGCUGUUGACCAGUCCUUACAGAGUCCAAAUGGACACCUGGACUUGUUCGUCCGUUUCCUCCUGGGACUUUCUCUGCAGAUCAAUCGGAGACUCCUACAAGGUCUGCUGACACAGACAGUAAGUAGCUCGCAGACCAAUCAGGAAACAGUUCAGUACAUCAAGGAGAAGAUCACUGAGAAUGUAUCUGCAGAGAAAAGCAUCARUCUUUUCCACUGUCUGAAUGAACUGAAUGAUCGUUCUCUAGUGGAGGAGAUCCAACAGUCUCUGAGUUCAGGAAGUCUCUCCACAGAUGAACUGUCUCCUGCUCAGUGGUCAGCUCUGGUCUUCAUCUUACUGUCAUUAGGAAAAGAUCUGGAUGUGUUUGACCUGAAGAAAUACUCUGCUUCAGAAGAGGCUCUUAUGAGGCUGCUGCCUGUUGUUAAAGCCUACAACAAAGCUCUACUGAGUGGCUGUAACCUCUCAGAGAGAAGCUGU